UUAAUUGUUUCUCUCUCUCUCUCGAGUCUCCGGUCUUUCCUUCUCCUGCAAUGGACAUGGCCGUGGCCAUCACCGUUCUCGUGGCCUUUGCUUCCGUGGCGUUGUCCUCAGGGGAAGUCUAUAAGGUCGGAGAUAAAGCUGGGUGGACCACCUUGGGCAAUGUCAACUACACCGCCUGGGCUGCGAACAAGAACUUCAUAGUUGGAGAUAUCAUCCAGUUUGUGUACAACAAGGACUUCCAUAACGUGGCAGAGGUGAGCCUGGAAGACUACAAGUCGUGCAACGCCGGGUCCCCAAAGGCCACGUACAAGUCGGGCAACGACUCCAUCACCCUCAGGACCGACGGCCACUACUUCUUCCUCUGCGCCGUCCCCGGUCACUGCGCCGUCGGCCAGAAAGUCGACAUCCAGGUCGCCAAGCUCGCCCCCUCUGCUGCCCCUUCCAGCCCCCCGGAAGCCGUCCCCCCUUCCAACCCGGCCACCCCGCCCACCGAAGGCACCCCGCCAACCGAAGGCCCCCCUCAACCCCAGCCGAGCGGCGCCUCUGCCACCGCGGAAUCCAGGGUUGUGGGCUUCCUAAUGGUUGUGCUUGCCUUUGCGGCCACCUUUGGGGGUCUCAUGUUGCCCCGUUAGUUGCCGGACCGCGUAUUGCUUCCUUAUUGUGGAAUUGUUUUUAGUGGUUUGAUGGGAACGUUCCCUGAUUUUGUGUUCAUGGUUGGUUUUGCAGUGUGUGAUUCUGGUUAUUAUCAUAUAUAAAUGUGAAGUUAUUGUCCA